AUGGUGGCGAGCGCACGGGUGCAGAAGCUAGUGCGGCGCUACAAGCUAGCGAUUGCCACGGCGUUGGCCAUUCUGCUGCUGCAGGGCCUGGUGGUGUGGAGCUUCAGCGGCCUGGAGGAGGACGAGCCGGGCGAGAAAGGAAGGCAGAGGAAACCCCGGCCACUCGACCCUGGUGAAGGCUCCAAAGACACAGACAGUUCGGCAGGACGGCGGGGCAGCACAGGCCGAAGGCAUGGGCGCUGGCGGGGCCGUGCGGAGAGUCCGGGUGUCCCAGUGGCCAAGGUGGUGCGGGCAGUAACAAGCCGGCACAGAGCCAGCCGACGGGUCCCACCUGCCCCACCGCCAGAGGCCCCAAGCCGCCAGAACCUGAGUGGGGCGGCAGCCGGGGAAGCUCUGGGAGGGGCAGCUGGCUUCCCACCACAUGGAGACACAGGGAGUGUGGAGGGUGCGCCUCAGCCCACGGAUAACGGCUUCAUUCCCAAGUGUGAGAUCCUGGGCAAGGACGCGCUAUCUGCACUGGCCCGGGCCAGUACCAAGCAGUGCCAGCAGGAGAUUGCCAACGUGGUGUGCCUGCACCAGGCUGGGAACCUCAUGCCCAAGACUGUGCCCCGGCACUGCCAGCUGGCAGGGAAGAUGAGCCCCGGGAUCCUGUGGGAUGAGACCCGGGCCCAGCAGCCUGUGGACGGCCCCCCGGUACGAAUUGCCUACAUGCUGGUGGUUCACGGCCGUGCCAUCCGCCAGCUGAAGCGGCUCCUCAAGGCGGUGUACCACGAGCAGCAUUUCUUCUAUAUCCACGUGGACAAGCGCUCCAACUACCUGCACCGAGAGGUGGUGGAGCUGGCCCGGCAGUAUGACAACGUGCGGGUGACACCAUGGCGCAUGGUCACCAUCUGGGGUGGGGCCAGCCUGCUGCGGAUGUACUUGAGGAGCAUGCAGGACCUGCUGGAGGUGCCUGGCUGGACCUGGGACUUCUUCAUCAACCUCAGUGCCACCGACUACCCAACCAGGACCAAUGAGGAGCUGGUGGCUUUCCUGUCCAAGAACCGGGACAAGAACUUCCUCAAGUCGCAUGGUCGGGACAAUUCUAGGUUCAUCAAGAAACAGGGCCUGGACCGGCUUUUCCAUGAGUGUGACUCGCAUAUGUGGCGCCUGGGUGAGCGGCAGAUCCCGGCGGGCAUAGUGGUGGAUGGCGGCUCUGAUUGGUUCGUGCUGACACGCAGCUUUGUGGAGUACGUGGUAUACACAGACGACCCGCUGGUAGCCCAGCUACGCCAAUUCUACACGUAUACGCUGCUCCCUGCCGAGUCCUUCUUCCACACGGUGCUGGAGAACAGCUUGGCCUGUGAGAGCCUCGUGGACAACAACCUGCGGGUCACAAACUGGAACCGCAAGCUGGGCUGCAAGUGCCAAUACAAGCACAUUGUGGACUGGUGUGGCUGCUCCCCCAAUGACUUCAAGCCUUCCGACUUCCUGCGGCUUCAGCAAGUCUCUAGACCCACCUUCUUCGCCCGGAAGUUUGAGUCGACUGUCAAUCAGGAGGUGCUGGAAAUCUUGGAUUUCCACCUGUAUGGCAGCUACCCCCCAGGCACGCCGGCCCUCAAGGCCUACUGGGAGAGCACUUACGAUGUGGCCGACAGCCCUAAUGUGCUCAGUGACAUCAUGCUCACUGCCUACACUGCCUUUGCUCGCCUCAGUCUGCGCCAUGCCGCCACUGCUGCCCCCUCUCCGACCGCCUCACUCUGCAGGUUUGAGCCCCGGGGCUUGCCGACCAGUGUGCACCUGUAUUUCUAUGACGACCAUUUCCAGGGCUACCUGGUGAUGCAGGCAGUGCAGCCCUCAGCCCAGGGGCCGGCAGAGACACUUGAGAUGUGGCUCAUGCCCCAAGGGUUGCUGAAGAUGGUGGGGCACAGUGACCAGGCGAGCCGGCUCCAGAGUUUGGAGGUUGGCACCGAGUGGGAUCCCAAAGAACGUCUGUUCCGGAACUUUGGGGGGUUGAUGGGGCCUCUGGACGAGCCUGUGGCUGUGCAGCGCUGGGCCCGGGGCCCCAACCUCACAGCCACUGUGGUCUGGAUUGACCCGACCUAUGUGGUGGCCACGUCUUAUGACAUCACGGUAGACGCAGAGGCUGAGGUCACGCAGUACAAGCCCCCACUGAGCCGACCCCUGCGACCAGGAGCCUGGACCGUCCGACUGCUUCAGUUCUGGGAGCCUCUGGGCGAGACCCGCUUCCUGGUACUGCCCUUGACCUUCAACCGCAAACUACCUCUCAGGAAAGAUGAUGCCAGCUGGUUGCACGCUGGGCCACCGCACAAUGAGUACAUGGAGCAGAGUUUCCAGGGCCUGAACAGCAUCCUGAACCUGCCUCAGCCAGAGCCUGUGGAGAAGGUCUCCCAGCGGCAGGCGGAGCUCACGGGCCCUGCACUGGAGGCCUGGACAGAUGGGGAACUGAGCAGCUUCUGGUCUGUGGCUGGACUCUGUGCCACCGGCCCUUCCACUUGCCCCUCCCUAGAGCCCUGCAGACUGACCAGCUGGAGCUCUUUGUCCCCUGACCCCAAAUCGGAGCUGGGGCCCGUCAAAGCAGAUGGACGACUCAGGUAG